CCCUCCACCCGCCUCCCCGUGAAAUGCACCUGAACUGGAUCUCAGACGAGGAAGAAUGACGGCAUAAAGUCGCCACCUGUUCCGGGACGGUGGAAACCUCCUUGGCAAGUCCGAGAAAAAUAAAUAGUCUCUCAUUUCACUAAUCCUCGUCAGCUGUGGCGUAGAUAAUCUAAAAGCGGGUCGGAAAGUCGUAGAAAAAUGGAAUGCUGCCUGUCUGAGGACGAAGCGGAUAGACUGAGGAUAAACAAAGCCAUAGAGAAAGAAAUUAAAAACGAUAAAAAAAAGUCUAGGAGGGAGCUGAAGCUGCUGCUAUUAGGCACGGGUGAAAGUGGGAAGAGCACUUUCAUUAAACAGAUGAGGAUCAUCCACGGCAGAGGAUACAGUGAAGCUGACAGGAAAGCAUUCACUCGUCUGAUAUUUCAGAACAUUGUAACAGCCAUCCAGGCACUGAUCCAGGCCAUGAAGACUCUGCGGAUCGACUACAUUGAUGAUACGAACGCUAGUCAUGCAAAGAAGCUGAGCCAAGUAGAAGCAACCCAGGUGUCGACUUUGGAGGCUUGGCAGGCAGACGCCAUUAAGCGAGUGUGGAAUGACCACGGUGUUCAAAGGUGCUAUGACCGCAGGAGGGAAUUCCAGUUAUCUGACUCUGCCAAAUACUACCUAAGCGACUUGAACAGAAUCACAAGUCCAUUUUUUAUCCCCACCAAGGAGGACGUCCUGAGGGUCAGGGUCCCCACCACUGGCAUCAUAGAAUACCCCUUUGAAAUUGACAGGAAGAAUAACAAAGAUUAUAUUUUCAGGAUGGUGGAUGUUGGUGGUCAGCGCUCAGAAAGGAGGAAAUGGAUCCACUGUUUUGAAAAUGUCAACACCAUCGUUUACUUGGCCGCACUGAGCGAGUAUGAUCAAGUCCUUAUCGAGAGUGAAAAUGAUAAUCGUAUGAGGGAGAGCAUCGCCUUGUUCAAAACCAUCCUCUCCUACGAAUGGUUUAAAGAGGCCUCCAUCAUCCUUUUCCUCAACAAAAAAGACUUGCUGGAGGAAAAAAUCUCAAAGUCUCAUUUGGCAAACUACUUCCCAGCAUUUAAUGGGGAUAAGGGAGACAUCGAUUCUGCGCAAAAUUUCAUCUUGCGAAUGUAUAAGGAGCAGGGCGUUUGGCUUCACAGAUCCAUAUACACACACUUCACCUGUGCCACAGAGACAGAGAACAUCAAGACGGUCUUCAAGGACGUCAAAGACGCACUGCUUAAAAAACACUUCGAAGAGUUCAACCUGGAAUAAGAAGGUUACGGGACAAAGAGAUUGUUUCAGAAAGCUGCCAUAUGUUUGAACACUUGUGGACAUUUUAUCUGUUGUCUGCUGUUGAUUGCAACUCAUUCAAAAGCAUCAAAGAGAGGCAAUCAGACUGCAGAGUCAGGUAAGGCACAUUUAUCUCAGCCCUCGAAAGCACAUAUGUGCAAUUUCUUGAAACAGUUUGUCAAAAGAAAACAUGGACAAUCACAAAGCAGUUUAAUUUUGUAGCACACUGUUGCAGAAGGGUUUCUUUUAUUCCAUUAAAUUGUUGGCAGAGAUCA